AUGAGGCGACAUUACGUGAAGCUCAUCAAUAAUGAGUUCCGUGAGCUUCAGCUUACUCCCGAACUCAAACGGAAACUGUUAUUCGAUUUGAUCGACUACUGUGUUCUGUUAAGUGAGCGAGUAGAGGCUCAUGAACUGGAUCUGCUUCAACUGUUCAUCCGUGGGUUCUUGGUGUUUCACUACUUCAUCAACACAUUUAUUCGAGUUCACUUUUUGGGCUUUGACCAAUUUAUCGACUCCAAUCACAGUGAUUUCAUCAUCUAUCUCAAUGUAUUCGCCUAUUACGAUGACCCCCAAACUUUCGUCCUGGAAUGGGGUGAAAUUUCUCUGCAGACUAUAAAACUGUACAUUCUCGAUUAUCUCAUGGAGAAGAAUGUUCUUACUUAUGACGUUGAGGAAUUUUACCUGUGGAUGUACGACUACAUUGAUUAUAUCAAAGAUCAAGAUCGUGAAGCAAGUGUUGGCAAUAUCGAUAAGUUCUCAUAUGAGGAAAGCGAUGGUGACUCGUUCGAGGAGCGGUUCCCGAAGCUCACACUUGAAGACGCUCCUAUCGUCACCGCUUUCUCCAACAGCUAUCACCCUACGCCAUCACCGAAUGCCAGCACUAUGAAGCUGGCUAGUGAUACUUCGUUGCCUAUCAUACCCCCCCAACCAACUGUGCAUAAAUCCCAAGACAAUCUUACGCCGUAUCCUCAAGCUGAACGAUUGGAUGAUACCCCACUCCAUCCCAAUCGCGAACCUACGCGUAAGGGAUACCAUCCCACCCGUUCGAUGUCAACCAAGAGUUACACUUCACCGGCGCCGCCACCGCAUCGCGUUCCUUAUGAAAGAAGGAAAGCCCCUCCUCCUGACCCUCCGUCAAACACGUCGAGCGCCUCGAGCAUUUCCCACGACUAUCUGAAACCUCAUACAACUCGACCUCCGAUUCCUCAAUCAACGCCUGUUGCAAACCGACAAUUAGGCUACCAUCCUUUUGGUAGUGCUGCGUCCUCAUCGGCGAAUGGGUCUUCGAAUGGAAAUUCGCAAUCUAAGCAAAGUCCUCGACAAGUCCAAGCUCAGAUUAAUAACGCUCCUGUCACCUCAAAUACCUCAAGAGAGCAAAUACCUGCAACUGUUCAAGGACAACCUCCAAAGCCACCCCAAGGGUACGGUAAUCCUGGCUCAUUUGAUUAUAUGUCAGCCUCCCCGCAGGUGUACUCAGGACCGCCGCAAGGAUACCACCCGGGACCACCACAAGGAUACCACCCGGGACCACCACAAGGAUACCACCCGGGACCACCACAAGGAUACCACCCGGGACCGCCGCAAGGAUACCAUCCAGGCCCACCUCAAGGCUAUCCACAUGCUUACCCAACUGGCCAAUCUAAUGGGUACUAUGUUGCUGCCCCACCGCAGGGGUAUCCACAAGGACCCUCUCAGAUGAGUUCACAACCGAUGGGUCUGUUCACUCAACGUUAUGAUGUCUGUGGUCUCCGAAACCUAGGAACAACCUGUUACCUUAACUCCACGGUUCAACUUUUGUUUGGUGUGGAUGACAUGCGGCGGUUAUUGCUGGGAGAUAUUUGCAACUACAUCCGAAAACCAAAAAUGCUUCAGCAGCUUGAAAAUCGCAAUUUUAACAAGGAUGUAAUUCUUUUGGUGGAUGCUACUCGCUCAUUAUGGCUGACAUUCAAGAAGCACGCCGGUCAAGUUAUCACCCCGUCGAAGUUUGUCCGCAUUGUAAGCAUCCUCAAACCCGAUUUCAAUCUCCCUAACGAUCAACAGGAUGCUCAAGAAUUUUUGCUCUUCGUUUUGGAUAGGCUUCACGAAGAAUUGAGUGAUACGACCAAGCUUGGUGAACAUAACUAUGAGCGUGUGCUUCGAGAGUAUGUGCGUCAAUGGGAUAUUCAUAUUUCUGAGCCGGACAUGAAGGGAUAUCUUAGUUGGUAUCGACAAUUGCUUGAGCAUGAGGGCACGAGUCCUAUUCACGAUCUUGUUCAGGGCCAAGUGCAACAUAAACUCGUCUGUGGUCAGUGCGGAUUUGAGUCGACACUGUACUCUCCGUUUACCAUCUUGUCUUUGGCAAUUCCCAGCAAUAAACCAGUUGUUAAUUUGUUGGAAUGUUUGCAAAUGUUCACUAGCGAUGAAGUGUUGAGCGGCGACAAUGCGUGGAACUGCCCCAAAUGCUCAAAAGAGCCACAUGCCAAUCCUUUGGACAGUCAUCCAGUAUUCACACCAAAAAAGCUGGGUAUUUUUAAGUUGGGCAGACGAUCAAAACUGCCCAGCAAAGAUCCUAAGAAGCUGAAAAUCAAGAAAAGCUCUAUCAGCACGAAAAAACUUACCUUUAUCAAAUUCCCAAAGGUUUUGUUUAUUCACUUGUCCAGAUUUCUGAUGUUCAGUAUGACAGACAAAUUGGACACAGCUAUUGACUUCCCGUUGAUCCUAGGUUUUCUGUCAACAAUCAACUACAAAUUGUGUGGGGUUAUCAAUCAUUAUGGUAACUUGAAACUGGGACAUUAUACGGCGAUUGUCAACAAGCUGACGUACCAUCAACAAGAUCGGUCGACCCGUGAAAACAUCGAUCAUCCCUAUUGGUGCAAUUUCGAUGACGGUGUAUUCCAUGAGAAUAUCCCGUUUGGCGCCAACCCCCAUUAUUCGCAAACCCUGCGUGACGUAUACGUUUUGGUUUAUGAGAGAAUAUAG